AUGGCAGAAAAAGUUGUUAUAGAAAAAUUCAAUAGCAAGAUUACUAAUGUGUCCCAGUGGAUGACUAUCUUUGAAGCGGAAUGUGCACGUAUAGGAAUAGAAGAUGAUGUCAAAACAAUUGAAAUUUUUAGAUCUCUAAAAGCUGUUCAACUAGUUUUCAACGAUAACGAUGUGAUGAUAUGCAUUGGCUAUCGUUGUCAUAAUUUUUGCAAUAAUUUGAAUGAUAUUUUCAAAUCAUAUAACAUUUUUCAAGGUAAACAUAUCCGCCAGAAAAUAGAAAUAACGAAUUUGGAUAUCGCAGCACAGGCAUUGGUAUUUUUCUUGGGCGGUUUUGAUUCAUCGGCAUCAUUGAUGUGCUUCAUGGGAUACGAAUUAGCCGUGAAUCAGGAUAUUCAACGAAAAUUGAGAAUAGAAAUCGAGGACACACUAGAAAAAUGUAAUGGAGUAAUAACAUAUGACGCCUUAUUGAAAAUGAAGUACAUGGACAUGAUCAUAUCAGAGUCCUUGAGAAAAUGGUCAAAUGGUGUUAUCGCAGACAGAGUGUGCACUAAACCAUAUACAAUCGAACCAGUAACUGCUGAGGAAAAACCCAUAUACUUAGCCGAAGAUCCUGAUCGUUUUGAUCCAGAAAGAUUUAACGAAGAAAAUAAAGAUAAGAUAAAUUCCUACACUUACCUACCGUUUGGAAUUGGACCCAGGAAUUGUAUUGGUUCAAGAUUUGCCUUACUGGAAACAAAAUUGCUCUUCUUCAAACUUUUGUCGAAAUUCGAAAUAGUUCCGACAACUAAGAGUGGAAUUCCGCUCAAGAUAUCAACGACAACCCUCAACCUCAAUUCGGAGGGUGGAUUUCUGUUCGCAUUCAAACGUAUAAACGAAAAUCAAUAACAAAUUAGAAAUUAUUGUUACAUGUGUCCAUCAAUGAUGAAUUUUUGUUACAUUUUUCAUAUGAUUGUAUGAUAGUGAAUAAAUAAAUGAAGUUAAUAAAGUUUUCGAGAUAA